GACUCGGUGGACGGAGUUUUGUUGACGAGAGAAAAAUACGAGGAUAGGUAUAUAGGUGCUCUGUGGAUAGGUGCAGUAAACUUAAUUUGCCUCGAAAACGUCGCGCAAUUCCAUCGCGCGAGACACGUAGCUUGGGGCCUGUUGCGCCAUGUCGGCGACGAGGAAUUGCCCGGUGCAUCCCGUCGAACUGUGAGUGAACGUCGAUCGUUUUGGUUCGAGCACGCUUCGUCUCUGGCAGUGAAAGUAGUGGUGCCUGUGGUGGUCGCCCCGGUCGUCCUGCAGAAACAAGCCCGCCGCCCGCGCUCUGCGAGGGGGCUCGAGGGGCAUGGUGGUGACUUCAGAGAACACGAAAGGGGCGUCAGCCUCUUCAAGCAACGAUGAAGGCGGCAGCACAAGCGGCCAGCAGGACGGCAGUUUCGAGUGCAACAUUUGCCUAGACACAGCCAAGGAUGCCGUGGUCAGUCUCUGCGGCCACCUGUUCUGUUGGCCGUGCCUGCACCAGUGGCUGGAGACGCGUCCGAACCGCCAGGUGUGUCCAGUGUGCAAGGCAGGCAUCAGCCGAGACAAAGUGAUCCCCCUGUACGGCAGGGGUGGCUCCAAACAAGACCCCAGGGAGAAAUUGCCACCACGACCACCGGGACAGAGAUCUGAACCAGAAAGUCACCCUGGGUCUUUCACGUCUUUUGGCUUUGGAGACACUGGCUUUCACAUGUCAUUUGGAAUUGGUGCCUUUCCCUUCGGCCUGUUUGCUUCCACCUUCAACUUCGGUGACGGCCGUCCUCCACCGACUAUGGGCAGCCAAGAGCACCGCCAGGACCAGAUUGUGUCCCAGGUGUUCCUCUGGGUGGCCUGCAUUUUCCUGGUGUGGCUGAUCAUCGCAUGAUUGGUUGCUGCUUCCACGAAAGCCAGCUGCACUGCUCCCAGCCACAAGAGUCUCGGAGAAUGAUACUUCUGAACCGCCUCUCUCACUGGACUGGUCUCCCCGGAGCUGCAGCAGUCGAAAAACUCGCGCGUCUGUUUCAACGAAAGCCCCUUGGGGUUCCCUCCUUCCUCUGCACCUUUAUCUCUGCUCCUUUUUGUAUGUCUGCCGUAAGUUGCGGCGACUUUCCGAGGCCCAGUUUUGGUGCUUGGCCGUCCCAUGCUGUCGCAGUUAUGUGCAUGUGAUGGGCCUACUUGCUCGGCACUGAAGGCGAGCUAUGUGCUGCUUGCUGCCUCCGGGGUUGGUAGGCAAAAGCAUGCGGCAUCUUGCAGACGACAAAAGUGGUCUCAGCUCUCUCUCUGCCGAGGCUCUUUUCCUAGCUGUCUUUUGACAAGCAAGGCCAUUGUGCAGGAAGGCCAGAGUGCAUUUGCGCAAACCAGAAAUGCAAUCGUUGAGUUGGGAUAACAAAGGGGCGGGCAUAGUACUUGUGUAACGUUGGCUGUUUUACUCUCAUCAUGUCAAACUGUUUUCUUAGUGCGAAGUGACAGCCUUGAAAAAAAAAACAGAGUGUAGAAAAGAAAGACAGCUUUACUGAUCAAGAGAUGUGUGCCUGAUGUGAGUUGUGUGUACGUGGUUUUUCUCUGUUAGGCUUGCUGCAAUGACGAUGGGUAGCUGGCUGGGCUGCUUUCCCCUUUUUUUUCUUUCCUUCGAGUUGAGGACAAUGAAAAGUGACUGCUCGUGCAUAGUUAUUCUUUUGUUUUUCUUUCCUGAAGAUUUUUUUUCCCCCAGAACAUUUCCGUACCUCUUGCCAACAUUCCUUCCUACCUGUGGCAGAGGUCUUUCAGGCCUCCGUGUCGUACUGGACACUGUGACACAUCAGGGCAGUUGCAUUGGGGUUGCUAUUUUGUAAUAAUACAUACUUGUGUAUACACUGAGUGGAAGUGUGUUCUGCACUGCUUUUACAGUGCAGUUCUCGUUUUUCAGGCUGUGCUUGUCAACUGUGUGUAAAUAAACAGCCCUGUUGUAAAAUAAGUGGUAAAUGGAAUAUAUUUACAGCAGAAAAAAAAAGAAUUUUUUUCAAGUCCUUGUAGCCAUGGGAGUCAUUGGUUUCCUGUAAUUAGAAAUUGUUGGAUUUUAAACGGCUCACAUUUUAUAUAUACAUUCUUUUUUCGUUCUUUGGGAAAUAAAGAAACAAAGACCA